CGUUUAUGGUUUUCCAUAAAUCUAUAUAUCUAGUCCCGUACCAUGUGAUGGGCACAGCGGGUAGUUGGAGGGAGACAUUUUUCUCUGGCACGAUGACAGGAAUGUUCACUUCAGUCAAAGAUUUUUUCCUCAUCCAGAAGUUAUGCCAUGUCAGAUGGCCACAUCCAUGUGAGGUGUUGUGCAGAAGUUUUGAUUAGCAAAGAUUCAAAUUGUGUUGAACACAGAGUGCCCCGGCGGCUAUGUGGUCUGUGAUUUAUGGUUUUAGUGCAAGGUGACCUGAAACUCAGUACUUGUGCAAUGUUUAGAGUGCUGUGUUUGUAUAACACUUCCGCAAACAGUGCAAAGCUGAAAAAUGCUCCAUCUUCAAUAAUAUCGCUCAUUUCACCUGAAUUGCCUUCUGGUUGCAAUGGAUUGUGGCUGAGAACAGGGUUGGAGGCUUGCCAGUGACUUCCCUCACUCCCUAGGGGAGGAGCUCUGGGGCUGAUGUUUGUGCGCACUGACUUUUAGAAAUAGCCGCCCAUUCCUUCUGAAGUGGAGGGGAAGGCUCCCAGCAGUAAGGCUGAUUGGAUUUCUCAGUCUGGCUUGUAGCCGGGAACGGGACUUGACUGGCAUAGAGUCUAUGGACCACUGUCGUCAUACCCUGGAGCAGCACAACUGGAACAUAGAGGCAGCUGUACAGGACCGGUUGAAUGAGCAAGAGGGCGUCCCAAGUGUCUUCAAUCCGCCGCCAUCCCGGCCGUUGCAGGUUAAUACAGCUGACCACAGGAUCUACAGCUAUGUUGUUUCAAGGCCACAACCAAGGGGCCUGUUAGGAUGGGGUUACUAUUUGAUAAUGCUUCCAUUCCGAUUUACCUAUUACACAUUACUUGAUAUAUUUAGGUUUGCUCUGAGUUUUAUACGCGCUGACCCGCGCAGUAGGGUCACGGACCCAGUGCGUGAUAUUGUUUCGUUUAUCCACGUGUUUGAGGAAAAGUAUGGGCGGAUACACCCUGUCUUCUACCGGGGGACGUACAGCCAGGCGCUGAACGAUGCCAAGCGGGAGCUGCGCUUCCUGUUGGUUUAUCUUCACGGGGACGAGCACCAAGACUCAGACGAAUUCUGUCGCACCACCCUGUGCGCCCCAGAGGUGAUCACCCUCAUCAACACUCGGAUGCUUUUCUGGGCAUGCUCCACCAACAAGCCAGAGGGCUAUAGAGUGUCCCAGGCACUGCGUGAGAACACCUACCCGUUCCUGGCCAUGAUCAUGCUGAAAGAUCGCAGGAUGACGGUGGUGGGACGUCUAGAGGGCCUCAUCCAGCCUGAUGACCUCAUCAAUCAGCUGACCUUCCUCAUGGAUGCCAACCAGACGUACUUGGUGUCAGAGCGCAUGGAGAGGGAAGAGAGGAACCAAACCCAGGUCCUGAGGCAGCAGCAGGACGAGGCGUACCUGGCUUCCCUGCGGGCGGACCAGGAAAAGGAGCGCAAGAAGAAGGAGGAGCGGGAGAGGAAGAAGAGGAGGGAAGAGGAGGUGCAGCAGCAAAAGCUAGCAGAGGAGAGACGGCGCCAGACUCUGCAGGAGGAGAAGGUGCGCCGGUCGGAGUGCCUCCCCCCGGAGCCGCACCCCGACGACCCAGAGAGCGUGAAGAUCAUCUUCAAGCUGCCCAACGAUUCCAGAGUGGAGAGGCGAUUCCAUUUCACCCAGUCGCUAACGGUGAUCCACGACUUCCUGUUCUCCUUGAAAGAGAGCCCCGAGAAGUUCCAGAUCGAGGCCAACUUCCCCCGCCGCGUCCUGCCCUGCCUCCCGACAGUGGAGUGGCCCAACCCCCCCACGCUGCAGGAGGCGGGACUCAGCCACACGGAAGUUCUCUUUGUUCAGGACCUCACGGACGAUUGACACUUUCCCAGACCCGCUGGGAGGAGAAAUGCAGAUGAAUCUAACACGAUAUUUUUUUUAAAGACUGCUGCGUACAAAUGAGGGAUCAGAGACGCGUCACUGCGCCAGUCACACUGUGUCUGCGCUGGCCACGGCUCACCCACUCCCAGUCACCCCCUACACUGGAGGGCAGAGGGGGCCCGUUACCCUCCGUGCUCCCUGGGCUGGGGCAGCAGUGGCUUCUCUCGGAAAUACUAAAGGCCCAGGCCUGCCGUCUUGUGAAGAUGUGAUACUUUGCUGCUCCUGGCGGCCAAAGGGCACUGCACGUGUGCGGCUGUGUGGGGUGGGCAGGGACAGACGGAAUUUCUUCAGCUUCCCACUGUGUAUAAAUCCCUCCCUUUGACUAGCUCUCUUGCUUUGUACCGACCAAAGGAGACUGGAGUUGACAAUGGUGUUCAGUUUUUGAUAAAGAGCUGGUUGGAGUUCUUACCGCCAUGGGAUCUUGCCCGGGGUUCUUAGCCUGCGUAGUGUAAUAAACUCUGCCUCUAGCGUGCGA